GCGAACCUCGUUUGUCUCUGCCUUAAUGUUCAUUUUCUUUGAAGAGAAGGAGAAGAAGCAGAGCCCUCUCCACCGGAUCACGUUAGCAUGGUCCAGUCACCUUCUUUUUAAGGCUUUUAGACAAACAGACACACAGAAUAUUAGCUUUCUUUUUCUUUUUUGGUUUCCAUUUUUUCUUCUCUUGUUUAGCUUUUGAAUUUAAGGAAAGGGAGAUAGUGGCAUGGGCAAUUGCUUUCAAACUCGUUCGAAAGUGGACAAUUGUCGGAGCUCUCAGGCAACUUCGGUGAGGACUUGGUCUUUGGCUUUGGUGGUUUUAAGGGAAAUGGGGCUUCUUGGAAAUGGUUUGAUUGGGUUUACAAGUGAGGAUUCCAUGUGCUUCAAAACUUCCAAAGAGAGAAUCAUUUUCUGCUUCUUCAAGUGUGAUUAAAGCUGAUAGUGGAAAAAGUGUACCAGGAAGUCGCUUUGCUGCAAAAACUGAAAGUGAUAUAUUGUCAUCCCCCCAUCUGAAAGCAUUCACAUUUACUGAGCUCAAAAAUGCUACUAGAAACUUUUGUUUAGACAAUCUCAUUGGGGAAGGUGGGUUUGGUUAUGUUUACAAAGGGUGGAUGGUUGAGCAAACCCUUGUAGCUGCGAGGCCUGGAUAUGGAAUGGUUGUUGCUGUGAAGAAGCUUAAACCUGAAGGGUUUCAGGGUCAUAAGGAGUGGCUGAGUGAAGUUAAUUACCUUGGUCAGCUUCAUCAUCCAAAUCUGGUCAAACUUAUUGGAUAUUGCUUGGAAGAGGAAAAUAGGCUUUUGGUCUAUGAGUAUCUAUCCAAAGGCAGCUUGGAGAAUCAUCUUUUCAGAAGGGGUGCUCGACCACUUUCAUGGGCUUUAAGGAUCAGGGUUGCCAUAGAUACUGCUAGAGGCCUUUCUUUCUUACAUGAUUCUGAACAACCAGUUAUAUACCGAGAUUUUAAGGCAUCAAAUAUCCUACUAGAUUCGGAGUUCAAUGCCAAACUUUCAGACUUUGGCUUGGCAAAAGCAGGCCCUGUUGGUGAUAAUUCUCAUGUUUCUACUCAAGUCAUGGGUACUCAAGGAUAUGCUGCCCCUGAAUAUAUUGCUACAGGUCGGCUAACUGCAAGGUGUGAUGUCUACAGCUUCGGAGUUGUGUUACUGGAACUGCUUUCAGGACUCCGUGCUGUUGAUAGAACAAAAAUUGGAGUGGAGGAGAAUCUAGUGGAUUGGGCAAAGCCCUAUUUGAGUGAUAGGCGCAGGUUAUUCCGAAUUAUGGAUGCCAAGUUACAGGGUCAGUACCCUCAGAGAGCAGCUUAUACUGUUGCCCUCCUGGCAUUACAGUGUGUAAGCGAAGCCAAGGUCCGACCACGAAUGGCUGAUGUUUUAUCUGCCCUAGAACAGCUUCCUACCCUUUCUUCCCCAAGAGGUGUUCCUGCCUCCCCACACUCAGAGGCACAAGCAGUAGCUAGUCUUAUACCAAAGUCCCCAUUGAGAAAAAGUUAUCCUACCUCACCUGCCAAUAUGCCCCACAGAGGCUCUUCACUGCCAGUUGAAAUGAAAUCUUCUAGCCAUGUGAAAUCCCCACAGGAACGGCAGUCAUUUGAAAUGAAAUCUGCUCACAAUGUUAAAUCCUCAAAGGAGCUACAGCUAUUCGAAAUGAAAUCUCCCAGCCUUGUUAAAUCCCCUCAGGAAGAAUUGUUAUCUGAAAUGAGAACCCCUCGCCAUGUGAAAUCACUGCCAUCUGGAAAGAAAUCCCUUCACCAUUUGUAAUAUCCACAGAGAUAAUGAGCCUGGUCCAGUUUUCCCUCCUGCGUCUCACUUUAUAUCCCCUUUCUCCCUUGUUGUCACCCUUAAGAUGGUAGUUUGUUCAUGUUAAAAAAAAAAAAAACAACAAACAAAAGGUAGUAGUAUCUGGCGGCAAAUUUUGUGGUUUUAAGCAAACCCUAUAGAGACAGGGAUCUUUGGAUUGUACAGAAAUGGUGCCACCAAAUUUUGUCAUCACCAUAAGUGCAAGUUUUCAUUCACUGCUCACAAACGUGUUACAACUGCCUGAUACCCGCCAAAAGAUGCCUAUAAAGGACAUGUUAUCGAAUUGAUUUCAGUUCGUCUGGUCUGCAGAUCCUAGAAUAAUUGAAAGAAAGUAAUUUCUGGCCUCUAGCAUGUGAAAGUAUAUAAUUUUUUUUGGUAAGAUAAACAGAUUGUUUGGCAUGGGAUUGGCUGGGAGGGUGAAUUUCCAGAACCUGAUCAUGCUUUGAUGAAUGUGUGUGAAUUGAGCAGCAUUCCAGACUCCACAUUGGUCAUUGGAGGCUGCCUUGAAAGAACUUUUCAUUCCAACAAAGCAAAAGGAGUUUCCAAAUAUCCCCAUGCCUUGUCUUUUCA